CUUCAGUCACCUGCCGGCUCCGGUAAACGGUGGCAAAGUGUCUCUCCGCGAAGGGUCAAUCGGUUCCCGGAAAGUGCUUUCGUUCUAGAAUAGCUAAUAGGUACCUACUUGAAACCCCGAGGUGAUUGUGAUUAGACUGAACUGGAUUAGUACGAUGUGGUCGACGUUCAAAGGUGUUGUGAUUCUGAUAGCGUUGCUCGGAGCUUGUCGAGCAGUACCGCGCGAUGGCUAUGGUCCUGGAAAGCAGGACUGGGGCUUCGUCGAGGUCCGGAACGGCGCGCACAUGUUUUGGUGGCUGUAUUACACCACCGCCGAUGUAUUGGAGUUCACCGAACGACCACUGGUGAUCUGGCUGCAAGGUGGUCCCGGAGCCUCCUCCAUGUACGGCAACUUUGAGGAACUUGGUCCGCUAACUCUGGAGGGCGAGCCACGCAAUCAUACCUGGGUCAAGGACUACAAUGUCCUUUUUAUCGACAACCCGGUCGGAACAGGAUUUAGUUACGUGGAAAAUACAACCCUGCUGACGAAGGAUAACGCCCAAAUCGCUGACGAUUUGUUAACUUUCAUCAAAGAGUUCUACAAACUGAACCCGGAGUUCACGACCACCCCGCUGCACAUCUAUGCCGAAAGCUACGGGGGGAAGAUGGCGCCGGAGUUCGCGUGGGUUUUGGACAAAGCCAUUAAAAACGGAGAACUGGACAUCGAACUGGCAUCGGUCGGGAUUGUUGCUCCGUGGGUAUCGCCAAUCGAUUCGGUCCUGUCCUGGGGAGAGUUCCUUCUCAAUAUGGGAUUCGUGGACACGAAAGGAUACCGCGAGAUUCAGGCGGCUGCCAUUCAGACUGAACAUACGCUCAAUGAAGGCAAAUACGAGGAUGCCACCUGGCAGUGGGGUAGAACCGAAGGAGUUAUCAUCGAACAAACGCUAGGAAUCGAUUUCUAUAAUGUGCUGUUCGCCCAGGACUUUACAUCCACAAAGUCUCGGUUGGCAAUGUUUGCCAAGGAUAUGAAACAGGCAACCCUUGACAGUGCUCUUCGUUUAGCUACUGAAGAUCGUGAUCAAAUGCUAGAAGAUUUGAUGCGUGGUCCAGUGGCCACAGCUCUACAGCUCCCCGCCGAAUCAGUCUACAACGCUCAGGGCAACGCCGUCUUUCAAAGUAUGGCCGGAGAUUUCAUGAAACCGGCGAUGCACGUCGUGGAACUGCUUCUUAACAGCACCAAUUUGGAAGUGGCCGUCAUUACUGGCCAGUUGGAUCUGAUUGUUGCCACCGCUGGCAAUGUUGUGUGGUUGGAGAAGUUGCAAUGGACAGGACGCAACGGCUACUUGGCCGCCCCAAGGAAUGGAAUUGGUCCGCAGGGUACACUCGAGGGCUAUGAAAAGAGCUUCGGAAAUCUGCACAUGUACUGGGCUCUUCGAGCGGGACAUAUGGUUCCUGCCGAUAACCCGGUGUUGAUGGAUUAUAUUCUUAAGAAGCACGUCGUGUUCCCCGAAAAUUGAUGCUCACCCAAAACAUGAUGAUUAAAAAUAUUUUCGACAUUCUAGUCAUAGGAAAGGAAGUGUAUGAGUGCUCUAAAAAGAUAAAUCAAUAGACGGAUGAAUUUAAUAAAUUAACGGACAUUUCUCUAUCUGAAAA